UGUGGAAAGUAAAAGCGAACUAUCAAAACAAACCAGCGGCGCUCGUAGAGCUCGGCGUCUUUUCAUCUUUUCUUUGGUUGUUCAUAAUAACAUCUCCAGCAUGGACGGUGCGCCGAGGACAUUGCGGUGCUUUAACGAGCGUCACACCGCGGAAAUGUUGUCGGAUGACGGAGUGGAGACGGUGACUUCAGUGGAGCAGAAUAAAGUGGAGCGCAGCAUCGAAGAAGUCUUCACCGCCUACAAGCAAAUACACAGCUUACCACAGCCGACCUUGCUGCGGGAACACCAUUACCUAUAUCUCAAGAAAGGCUUACGUCACUUAUCGGAUGCUUAUGAGUGUCUGGACGCUAGCAGACCGUGGCUUUGCUUCUGGAUUCUUCACAGUCUGGAGUUACUAGAAGAGCCCAUUCCUUCUGCUGUCGCUUCAGAUGUGUGUCAGUUUCUGUCUCGCUGUCAGAGCCCCACUGGAGGUUUCGCUGGAGGUCCAGGACAACACGCUCAUCUCGCACCGACAUACGCUGCUGUCAACGCCCUGUGUAUCAUCGGCACAGAAGAGGCCUAUAAUGUUAUACACAGGGAGAAGCUGUUAGAUUUCCUAUGGUCAGUGAAGCAGCCAGAUGGCUCGUUUGUGAUGCACGUUGGAGGGGAGGUGGAUGUCAGGAGUGCGUACUGUGCAGCUUCUGUAGCAUCGCUCACAAACAUCCUCACACCUAAACUGUUUGAGGACACGACCAGCUGGAUCCUCAGAUGUCAGAACUGGGAGGGUGGUCUAAGCGGAGUGCCAGGUUUGGAGGCCCACGGGGGCUACACGUUCUGCGGCACAGCUGCCCUCGUCAUCCUGGGGAAAGAGCACAUGCUGGAUCUGAAAGCUCUACUGCGCUGGGUGGUCAGCAGACAGAUGCGCUUUGAAGGCGGCUUCCAGGGCCGCUGUAACAAACUGGUGGACGGCUGCUACUCUUUCUGGCAGGCUGGACUCCUGCCUCUACUCCACAGAGCUUUAUUCAAAGAAGGCGAGUCGGAGCUGAGUCGGCAGCGGUGGAUGUUCGAGCAGCAGGCUUUGCAGGAGUACAUCCUCCUCUGCUGUCAGAACCCGACGGGGGGCCUGGUGGAUAAGCCUGGCAAAUCCAGAGAUUUCUACCACACGUGUUACUGUCUGAGCGGCCUCUCUGUAGCGCAGCACUUUGGAAACCAGGAGCUCCAUCACGAGAUGAUCCUCGGCAGGGAGGAGAACAGACUGGCUCCAACUCAUCCUGUGUACAAUAUUUGUCCAGAGAAGGUGGCUCAGGCCCUGCAGCACUUCCUCCGGCUGCCUGCCCCCGAAGACGACAGGUGGACAGGAGCCUCCGCUGGCGACAGACUGUCAGACCCCGCCUCUGCCUCCGGAUCCGUCGACAAUCAGUCCUAGUUAGACCUCAGGGAAUGAUGUCAUCAUGUGUGAACCAGCUGACUCCAGGGCAGGACUCGAGCCAGCUAACAGCGGUCAGGUCUUACCUGUUCGAGUCCAGGAGCUGGACGCAGGGUGGCCUGUUGUUAGAGAUGAGGGCUGGAGUUUAGGAGCUUUCCUGAGUAAACGUCGACAGUCGUGCGAUGGCAGCUUCACAUUGAGCUGAGUUUUUUGCUUGCAAUGCUUUUGUUUUCUUUCUCUGAAAUAAAAGUGAAACUUUGGAAGGUGUUGACCGAAGUUAAUAAACUUUAUACAGCA